AUGUCGCGGUGUCCAGUAGCGGGGCUGCCUAUAGAGGAGCUGGAUGAGCACCUCAACUUCCGCCACGGGUCCCCUGCAUUCCCCCUCCCGCAGUGGAUACCGCGCAUGUCGCCGUGUCCAGUAGCGGGGCUGCCUAUAGAGGAGCUGGACGAGCACCUCAACUUCCGCCGCGGGUACUCCCUGGGCUUCGUGGACGACGCGGAGGACAAGACGCAGAUCCUGCCGGUUCUGAGAGCUGUGCUCGACCCUGCUAUGCACACCAGGUGCGUGCUGCACCCUGCUAUGCACGCCAGUGCUGCACCCCGCCAUGCACGCCAGGUGAACGCGCUGGGCUUCGUGGACGACGCGGAGGACAAGACGCAGAUCCUGCCCGUGCUGCGCGCCGUGCUCGACCCUGCUAUGCACACCAGGAAGCGGCGUGUGCUGGUGGACCUGCGGGGGAGAUUCUUCAAUACAAGCGAAGCGGCGUGUGCUGGUGGACCUGGGGGAAGAUUCUUCAACACAAGCGUCACGUGGUUCCUUCAGUCGUAUCCGCUCGACUUCAUGGAGAUUCAUGCCGUGGAGGUGCGGCAGGGCGUGUUCCAAGUGCCCGCGCCCAGCCAUAAGGUGAGUAAUUGGUUCCAAUUCCAACUUUCCCAGCUGCUCUACAGGAUUCACUCGCACCGCUUCAAGGCCACCUUUCCUUCCCUUCCCCUUCCCCUUCCCCUUCCCCUUCCCCUUCCCCUUCCGUUUCCCCUUCCCCUUCCCCUUCCCCUUCCCCUUCCCCUUCCCCUUCCUUUCUUCCCCCGUCCUCUCUUCCCCCUUUCCGCCCAUCCGGCCUCAUCAGACGCUCAGGGCCAACAUGAGUAA